AUGAGACGCGUGCGAAAGCGAAACUAUCUGCUUCUUUCAUUUUGUAAAAAUCCAAAUGCAUGCCUUUACCUCAUAUUAAGCAACAAAGGUUGGCUAAAGAUUGAGCAAUCUCUUGUAGAUCUUUUUGCAUUCACAGCUACUGUGCUGACUUUUGUGUUUUCUCAGAGUGAUUUCGUCCAUAUCAAACCACUUGAGUUGGCGAACGCCUCGUUGAAGACACGCUUUAUGACGGUGCUACGCCAACUUCGGGAGGUGAGGAACGAGAACCUCAACCCAGUGAUCGGCUGUUUCAUCGACAUCGCCUCGAUCAGCAUCGUCUUUGAACACUGUCCUCGAGGCAGUCUCAAGGUUUGGCUCUAUUACCAUAAUGCGAUGCUUUCUCUUUAUCUGCCUCAUAAUUUAGCACGAAACGAGACCAUUUUGAUGGACAUAAUGAGAGGCAAAUCUUCGUGGAAGAGCGAGUUUAGCAUACACAGAAACCAAUGUUCCACAGGUUAUUUGGACGAAUAG